AUGGCUAGUUCCACGCCGAGCUUCAUCGACAUUGGCGUCAACCUCACCGACCCGGUCUUUCGCGGCUCGUACCACGGCAAGCAAUCGCACGAAGACGAUCUCGACGUCGUGUGCGAGCGAGCUGCACACGCUGGCGUAGUUGCGCAGAUCCUCACCGGCGGGAACCUGGCUGAAUCGCACGAAGCGCUUGCACUUGCCCGGCGAUCCGACGCAUUCUACUCGACGGCAGGAUGCCACCCGACACGCACCUCGGAGAUGGAGUCGUACGAGCAGGGCGCCGCAGCGUAUCUGGGCGAGAUUCGGGAUCUCAUUCGGAGCGAUGUGCACAAGGUG